AGCUCAGACGAGGUUUGUAGUUAUACAUAUCGCCAUGUCAAAUCAAUUCACCGUCGCAUCCCCACCGACAGAUGCGAUCUCCGCACUCAAGUUCUCUCCCGAACCAGAUUCCACCAGAAUAGUCGUGUCUUCAUGGGACAAGAACGUUUAUCUGUACGAUUUGCGCGAUGAGAAUGGAGAUGUUGGCACGGGGAAAUUGCUACAAAAGUUCGAGCAUCGAGCACCGGUGUUAGAUGUUUGUUUUGGUGCCAACGAGGAUGAGAUUAUUACAGCUGGAUUGGAUUGGGAUGUUAGGAAAAUCAACGUCAACACCUCUGCACAAACUGUACUUUCGAGCCAUGAAGCCGGCGUCAAAUCCGUGGUAUACAGCAAAGAACACUCCAUCGUAAUCUCCGCAUCAUGGGACUCAACACUCCACGUCCACCGACUCAACGCAGAUUCUACACCAGCAGUGAUCCCACUACCAUCCAAACCAUUUUCUCUCUCACUCUCCCCCACAAAACUCGUUGUCGCUAUGGCUUCUCGAGCACUACAUAUCUACGACCUUAAAUCUCUUGCUCUCAUAACCGAUCAAGCUGAUUUUCAACCUCCGUCAGUUAACAAAGUCGAAAUCGAACCUUGGCAGCGACGGGAAAGUAGUCUGAAAUUCAUGACGAGGGCUGUUGCAUGCAUGCCUGACGAUGCUGGGUAUGCAUCGUCCAGUAUCGAGGGUCGAGUCGCAGUUGAAUGGUUCGAUCCUUCUACAGAGUCACAAGCUCGCAAAUACGCAUUCAAGUGUCAUCGACAAACCGUCGAUGAUGUCGAUGUCGUUUAUCCCGUUAACGCACUCUCAUUCCACCCCAUCCAUGGCACAUUUGCAUCUGGGGGUGGAGACGGCGUGGUUGCUUUAUGGGACGGGAUUGCGAAGAGGAGAAUUCGGCAGUAUCAGAAAUAUCCAGCUAGUGUUGCCGCGCUCAGUUUUAGUUCGAAUGGGAAAUAUCUUGCGAUUGCCGUUAGUUCGGGGUUUGAAGAUGGGAAGGAUGAUAUCGAGCCUGGUACGGUUCAGAUAUUCAUUCGCGAACUUGGUGAGACUGAGGCUAAGGGCAAGGGGGCUAAGUAA